CGUGUGUUGGGUUUGUUGAUGCUAAUUUUGAUAUAAUUAGACCAAGGACUAAGACGUCCGGUCUGGCGUCCUGGGGAUCUAAAGGAAGGCUGUUUGUCACGCUGUGACAUGAGAACUUCUUUGUUUUAUUCUCGCAUCUGGCAUGGAGUUUGCUCUUUUUUUUUUUUUGUUUGUUUGUUUGUUUGUUUGUUUUUUGCGUUUCCAUCUUCGAUUCCUAUCAUCUUGGAUCCCAUGGUCUAUCGCCUCUUCCUUGCAGAUUUAUUUAUGUUACUAUUGCUAGAGGAGGACAUGACUUGCAGAGUGUGCUAUGCUGUGGUAUCUCCGGAUUGGAUAUUUAGUAUGGUUUGGUCAAGGGAAGGCUUUACAUUGUUACAUUUACAACAAAAAGACGAGAUGACUUGGAUCCACCAGUGGUGGGAUUUUGUUCGAUACCCGUGGGUUGACUUGACAGGUUUUAUGGUUCUUAUUAUUUAUAUUUCUUUCCUACUAGUUACUUACUCUUUCUUAGAAGUGAUGUGCAAUAUGUACAAUUCGUUGGCUUUAAAAGAUGAUCCAUUUGUUGCUUUAUAUAUACUCCUUUCUGGUGCGACGCUUAUAGAAAAGCAACUUUCAAAAUAACAUGCCACUACCCACUCAGUGGAUAUGGCCAUCUUUGUAGUAUGUUCUAUCUCUCAUAAUACAGGUAAGGAAUAACCAGUCCCAAACGCCAGAAUCGCAAUAGCAUUCCAUCCCAUGAAAGUAAAAGCAAAAGCAAAGGC